UACCGUUACUCUUUUACGAAAAUCGAAAGUGCCCUUUCGUUGAAUUAACUCGCUGGAAGCUACCCAAUUGUGUCAAGGAGACAAAGAAUUCGUGAGACGCAAUCCAAAAUGCCAUAUAUCUGGACCAUAAGGCCAAUCCUUCAUAGACCUAUGACUUUGCUAGAGAUAUCUCUGCUUGGACGUGUAUAAUGCAACUCUGUUGAUACGUUCCGCCUUGGCUAUCUCGUCUUCUCGCAUGCAUGGGAGCAGAGGCUGUCUUGGAUGCUAUCCAAAACCUAAAUUAACCACUUCAGCGGAUGAGCCAUCAAAAGGGAGAACUCAAAGGCAAGGACGAUCUGUGAAGAAAUCAAGUGUAUUAAAGGACUUCCGGAGCACCAGCACCUGUGAAAUGGACAACAGUGCAGUUCAUUCCCAGAGAAGCAUCUCAUCAAACCAAGGCCUUGAUACUGGGGGUUGUUUUGGCAGAAUGAGCAACCCAUCUAAAUUCAUUAAUCACGGUCUGCUUCUGUGGAAUCGGACAAGGCAGCAGUGGCUUGGAAACAGAGGGUCGCACAGGCACCCACAAGUCCAUGAACCCAGAAUAAGUAGGAAUGCAACUUAUGAGAAUCUACUUACCAGCAACGAGCCUUUCCCCCAGCCCAUCCCCCUUCGUGAAAUGAUAAAUUUCUUGGUAGAUAUUUGGGAGCAGGAAUCAGGAUGGUUGUAUGAUUGAUUGAGCAAACCAGGAAAACUCUAAACUCUUCUCUCUUUUUUUCCUUCUUCUUUUUCUUUUUCAAAUCUUUAUUUGUACUGAUUAAAUAUCAGGGACUACUGUAUAUUUUCAAUUUGAAUUCAUCUUCUCUGCUUAGGUUCUUUGUGGAUGGGCUAGACGAAAUUUAUUGUAUUAUUAAUAUCUUCACUUUUUAGAGUAUCAAACCAUAAAUGAUUUGGG